AUGUUGAACAAACUAUCUUCAACAGCAAUACUAAAACUACCAAUAAGAACAAGAGCUAUAUUUACUACUCAAUCCUUGUUGAAGUCAAUUACUGUUAAUUCUACUAUUUUUACUCGAUCUUUGUUUUACAACUCACACUUCAACGAUAGACGCUAUAAACAAACACCUGCAAAACUUACAUCACUUACUUCUAAAAUGACAUUAAUUACCAUCUCACAAUCAUUGGACGAAGCUUUCACCAAGAACAAGAUUGUUCCUGAUGUUGUUGACGAUUUUGAAACUCAAGGAUUAUUAUCAAUUGAAUAUGGUCCUACUGAAUUGGUCACGUUGGGAAACACUUUGCCUGUUUCUGGUACCCAAGAACCCCCCAAAAUUCAAUUGACGUUAAAUUCCCCCACUGAAGACGGUAAGAUUGAGUCAAUUAACGAAGGAGACAAGUUUAUUUUGGUCUUGACUGACCCUGAUGCACCUUCAAACACCGACCACAAGUGGUCAGAAUAUUUGCAUUGGUUAGUCACUGAUAUUGAAUUGCCUCAUUUAAAGACUGAAUCGGGUGAACCGGAAAUCAGCCAUUUUAUUGAUGCUUCUCAAGGUAAAGAAGUGUUCAAAUAUGAAGGCCCUGGACCACCACCAAAGACUGGUAAGCAUCGUUAUGUGUUUUUGUUGUUUAAGCAAGACCCCAAGAUAAUUACUUUUGAAGCACCUAAAGAUAGGCCCAAUUGGGGAACUGGAACUCCAUCUAGUGGAGUUAGAGAUUUUAUUAAUGCACAAGCACCAGGAUCAAAAUUGUUGGCUGUUAACUUUUUCUAUGCUCAAAAUGAAGAUAACUAG